CUGAUCAUAUUUUUUUAUCAGUCACCACAAAAUAGAGUUGCGAUUCUCCCGCAAUUCCCCAGCAGAUAACAAUGGCGGUGCUGACUGUAUUCUCCCCGCCAACCAACCCUUCUCUGCUUACGCCAUCACCCUCCUCACUCUCCAUUUCCUAUUAUUUUAAUAACAAUGACUGUACAGAUUGGUAUUGUCUGCACAAGAAUAAUUCUAAAUGGGCUCCAUUUUCCACGACUCCCCUAGUUUCUAAGCAGAGAACAAAGGCAAGAGCUAAAUCAAAGCUAUGCUUGAUGCAGUCCCGGAUGAUGCCCGAGUCCUCAAGUUCAUCAGGCAGUGGAUGCUCAUGGAUGACGGACAACUCUUCUGUUCAAGAUAAAAUUGCUGGUCAUGGGAUGAGGGAAGGUCCAUUGCAUUCAGUGUUUCCUACAAAACCGGCGGAAGUAUCUUCUGUGAAGGACCUCUUUGAUUUUAUAUGCGGCGGUCCUCUUAUUGACAAAGUCGGCUUGACCUCAGACAAGGUGGCUGAAUCCAUCGACAAGUGGGUAGUAUAUGGAUCACAGCUUUGCCGAUUGUUUAAGCUAAAUGAACUUUAUCUCACGGAACCACAAAAAGUUCGGAUCUACCAUUACUACAUACCAGUCUUCAUGUGGUGUGAACAGGAAAUCUCUCGUCAUAAUUCCAAGUUCAAAGACGAAGAUGAUAUCCCCCCUCUAGUGAUCGGUUUCAGUGCACCACAAGGUUGUGGAAAAACUACACUCGUUUUUGCCCUGGAUUUCCUCUUCCGUAUAAAUGGGAGGAAGACUGCAACUAUAUCUAUUGAUGACUUUUAUCUGACAGCAGAGGGUCAGGCGAAACUGAGAGAAAGCAAUCCUGGAAAUGCGCUCCUAGAGUUCCGUGGAAAUGCUGGAAGCCAUGAUCUCUCAUUGUCCAUUGAGACACUGACAUCCCUAAGCAAAUUAACUAGAGAAGGCACAAAAAUGAAGCUUCCUCGAUAUGACAAAUCCGCAUAUAGCGGUCGAGGUGACAGGGCUGAUCCUUCGACAUGGCCGGAGGUAGAAGGCCCUUUAACGGCUGUUCUAUUUGAGGGUUGGAUGCUCGGGUUUAAGCCUGUUCCAGUAGAUGUUGUGAAGGCUGUAGAUCCACAGCUGGAGAUCAUUAACAAAAACUUGGAAACUUAUUUUGACGCGUGGGACAAGUUCAUCAAAUCAUGGAUAGUAAUCAAGAUUCAGGAUCCCAGUUGUGUCUAUCAGUGGCGAUUACAGGCCGAGAUCGCUAUGAGGGCUGAUGGAAAACCUGGAAUGUCCGACGAGGAGGUUUUGGAUUUCGUUUCAAGAUACUUGCCGGCAUACGAAGCAUACCUUCCAACCCUUUAUGCCGAAGGACCAAAUGGAUCGGAUCCGGAGCAUUUACUCGUUGUCGAGAUUGACGAGGGCAGGAACCCCAUUCUCGCCAACUAGAAUUUAGAGAGAGGCUUCCAGUUUAAUCUUAAUUUUUGUAUGUAAAUUAAUUUCUUUGAUUCUUUUUCACCAAUGAAACAGUUAUCUCAUGUCCAAAUUCUGAUGGUUCAAGAAAUACAGAGCGACCCUGCUGUCUGAAA